AUGGCUUACGUGCUAGUCACUCUCUGUUGCGCUUUUGCGGCCCUGGGGUCAUUCCUGUUUGGCUAUGACUCGGGGGUGAUCUCGUCAAGCAUAGAGCAGAAUGCCUUCCUGAUCAAAUUUGGGUCGCCUAGUCUGUCAGAUGCGGCCAGUGGUGGAAUUAUCUCCUCUUAUACAGGAGGGGCAAUCGUGGGGUCUUUGCUUGCGCCCUAUAUCUCUGAUUUCAAAGGCCGCAGAAUGGUCAUCUUCCUUGGAGGUCUUCUUGCUACACUUGGUGCUGCACUUCAGGGGAGCGAGGUUGCGCCACCCCGGAUUCGUGGUAUGCUAGCGAGCAUGCAGCAAUGGAUGAUUGGCCUGGGAAUCAUGGUGGCUCAAUGGGUCGGAUAUGGUUGUUCUCGCUAUAGUGGGGAUUUCGCCUGGAGAUUUCCUCUCUCGUUACAAACAGCGCCAGCUAUUAUCUUAACAUGCGGGAUCUGGUUUCUUCCCGAGUCGCCUCGCUGGCUCAUCGAACAUGGAAAAGAAGCCGCCGGGCGGUCGGUACUGACUAAACUCCAUUUGAACUUUAGCGCGACCAAUAGUCAGCUCGUUGAGGAAGAGUUGGUCCAGAUUCGCGAGAGUGUCGCUUACGAGCAAACCGCCGUCGUCCGCUCCUGGCGUCAGCUCUUACUAUCCCGGCAAUGGCGAUAUCGGAUUCUCUUAGCCUGUGGCUUACAAGCAUUCACGCAACUAUCUGGCGCAAACGUCAUCCAAAAUUACGGACCUCGCCUAUAUAAGUCCUUAGGUCUCUCUACAUCGAUGUCACUCAUGAUCAUCGGUGUCUGGGGUGCGCUGGCGCAGCUCUGGAAUACGAUUUUCAUGGCAUUCAUCGACAAAGUUGGUCGACGGAAGUUGCUUAUCCCAUCGCUGUUGGGUAUGGGCGCAGCCAUGUGCGUCGAGGCCACACUCGCGCGAUAUGUCGAUUUCAGCGACAGCAACGCUAACAAGAGCGCACUUCGUGCUGCAAUCGCCAUGUUCUUUGUCUUCUCUCUCUUCUACACAGCCCUGGGCAUGAUAUCAUGGAUCUACCCGGCCGAGAUUUUCCCUACAGCCAUUCGAGCUCGGGGAACUUCUGUAGCUACAGCGACGAAUUGGAGUCUGAACUUGAUCUUCGCGCAGUGCUCGCCUAUUGCGCUCACGAAGUUCGGCUCGAAGUAUUUUUACUGCUUUGUUGCUUUCAAUUGGGCCGCUAUGUUUAUUGUUUGGCUUUGCUACCCUGAGACUGUGGGCCACUCCCUUGAAGAGGUUGAGGAUGUCUUUACGGAUAAGACUCGGGUCCCACAGCCGGAAGUGAUUCCCGAGGCACCGAGCCCGGAUAUUGUGCGACCGCGAUCACAUGUCAAACAUAAGGGGAUGGAUCCUUUGUCUAUGCAUCCUACGAAUAGUAGCUGGAGCAGUCGCGGUAGCAACACAUCACCGCGGCUAUGGUGUAAGAAGAUGGAAGUAUAA